AUGAAAGGUUUUUCGAAUAUCUUAAUUGAAGAUUUUUUGAAUCCUGUUGAAGAAAAUGAAAUAGAAGAACCUGUAGAUGAGGAGACAAUUAUUCAAUUAAUUCAAGAAGAAGGUAAUGAAAAUCAGAAUGAGGAAGAUGAUGAAGGAAAUGAGUUACCUGUUAUUUCUGCUAAGGAAGGAUUAGAAGCUUUAGAAAAAGUCAUGACAUUCUUGUUGCAGCAGUCUAGAGAUUGUUCAGAUGAAAUUAAAAAGUUGGCUAGUGUAAAACUCGAUAAGAUGACUGGGCAUGAUAUUGAGAACACGUGA